UGCACGGCCUGUAAGCCGCCAAUCAUGGCGCAUAGGAAGAGGCCAGGGAACAGCGGAGGAAACAUUAUGGCUGCUCCAGGCCCUGCUUCCUGUCCCACCCCUCAUCCAGCAGAGUCAUGUGAUCUCAAAGCCCUCCCCGCUCGGCAGCGCCCAGUCCACUACCCUAAGGAGUCACACGUGGCGAAGCCCCCGCCCCGCUCCUGUAAGACACAGUAUUCAUCUCCCAAGUCUAAACACGUGGGUCGAAAUCUUCCAGAAGUGGAGGUGGACACAAAGGUAGAUGUGAAACAAUACAGCAACCAAGUAGAUGCAGAACUGGAGGAUCAGCGAGCAGCAACACCCUCUACACCAGAACAUGAACACAACAAAGAAGACCAUGAGCAGGGGAACUUCCACGGAGGAGCCGACAGUCUGGACGAUGACUCCAGCUCAGACUACAUAAACAAUAGCUCAGAUGAUGACGAGGACUAUGGCGAUGGACUGGCUGAGGAGGACGAGGGCGUCACUUACUACAUCCGUUACUGCCCAGAGGAUGACAGCUACCUGGAAGGUAUGGACUGCAGCAGCCAGGGAGACUGCGACCACAGCCACAGCCGGAGGGACUGCACCGACACCCUGCCACCAGAGGAGUCCCACACUGAUGCAUGCCACGAGACUGUGGACGGGUGGACCGAGGAAGGAGAGGGAGAAGGCAGGGUGAGAGAGGUAGAAUGGGUGGAAGGUGACGAAGGAGAUGGGACGGUGCGGGAGGAGUGGACGGAGGAGGAUGAAGGGGUGAGGGAGGAGUGGAGGGAGGGAGAUGAAGAGGUGAGGGAGGAAUGGAGGGAGGUGGACCAGAUCAGGAAGGAGCAGUGGGCGGGACGAGAGAGGCGCAGGGUGGAGGACUGGGGCGGGGGAGAAGGGGAGGUCCGCUGCGAGGUGGUGGAACAAGAUCCGGAUGAACAGAUUUACAAUGGAAGACCAGAACCCAUCCUGGACCAUCACCAUCACCCCCACCACCAAAGCUCCCGACAGGAAACCCUGCAUGCCCGAGAGGAAGAGGAGGCAGAGAGUGAGGAAUACUGCCCCAAUGAGGAAGAAGAUGAGGAAGGUGGCGAGGAAGAGAGACGUGGAAGGGCUUAUAGCAGGAACUACUAUGCUGCCGAGGACAAUGGCAACUCAGUGAGAGGCUCCCCUUACCGUGGCCGCAAGGUUGUGGUGGUGGAGGGUGAGACGGGGGAGGAGGCGGAGGAGGACAUCGACCAGAUCGUUGCAGAGAUCAAGAUGAGCAUGAGCAUGGGGAGCCUGAGCAGCGGCACCGACCAAAGCCCGGAGGAGCUGGCGGUCGACCCGGCCACGAGCAACUACGCCCACCCAAAGCCCGAUGCAGCCCCCUACCCACAGGCCCACCACCGCCACGACAGCCGGCCCAAGUCCCUGAACCUCCCCUCAAUGCACCACAACAACCCCGACCUCCAGCGGGGCGUCAGGGCCCGCUCCCCCGAGGACCGGCAGCGAUGGCAGCAGGAGCAGGUGAGCAAUGGCGCAGAGCAGCCCCGAAAACAGCAGCGCUCCGACCUCAAUGUUCCCCUGGAGAAUAACAAUGUACCAGAGCCAGCAAAGAAAGUUGCAUCGUUCCCGAGCUUCGUCGAUGUCCCAGGACCCUGUGAGCCAGAAGAUCUAAUUGAUGGAAUUAUAUUUGCUGCUAACUACCUGGGCUCCACUCAGCUGCUGUCCGAGAGGAACCCGUCCAAGAACAUACGCAUGAUGCAAGCCCAGGAAGCUGUCAGCAGGGUCAAGAGGGUACAGAAGGCUGCCAAAAUCAAGAAAAAGGCGAGUGCAGAGGGAGAUGCUCAAACCCUCACCGAGGUGGAUCUGUUCAUCUCCACACAAAGGAUCAAGGUUCUCAAUGCAGAUUCGCAGGAAACAAUGAUGGACAAUGCACUUCGCACUAUAUCCUACAUUGCUGACAUUGGGAACAUCGUUGUCCUGAUGGCGAGGCGUCGGAUGCCACGCACAGCUUCUCAGGACUGCAUUGAAACGACCCCUGGGGCGCCUGAGGCAAAGAAGCAGUACAAAAUGAUAUGCCACGUCUUCGAGUCAGAAGAUGCCCAGCUCAUCGCCCAGUCCAUCGGCCAGGCGUUCAGCGUGGCCUACCAAGAGUUCCUAAGGGCCAACGGCAUUAACCCUGAGGACCUGAGCCAGAAGGAGUACAGCGACAUCAUAAACACCCAGGAGAUGUACAAUGAUGACCUUAUCCACUUCUCCAACUCCGAAAACUGCAAAGAGCUGCAGCUGGAGAAGAGUAAAGGUGAGAUCCUGGGCGUGGUGAUCGUGGAGUCUGGCUGGGGCUCCAUUCUGCCCACUGUCAUCUUAGCCAACAUGAUGAACGGCGGCCCGGCCGCUCGCUCCGGCAAGCUCAGCAUCGGGGACCAGAUCAUGUCCAUCAACAACACCAGCCUCGUGGGGCUGCCACUCGCCACCUGUCAGGGAAUCAUUAAGGGCUUAAAGAACCAGGUGCAGGUGAAAAUGAACAUCGUCAGCUGCCCUCCUGUGACCACCGUCCUGAUCAAGAGGCCAGACCUCAAAUACCAGCUUGGCUUCAGUGUGCAGAACGGCAUAAUAUGCAGCCUGAUGCGGGGAGGCAUUGCUGAGCGAGGCGGGGUCCGAGUGGGUCACAGGAUUAUUGAGAUCAAUGGGCAGAGUGUGGUGGCCACAGCUCAUGAGAAGAUUGUCCAGGCUCUGUCCAACUCUGUCGGCGAGAUUCACAUGAAGACCAUGCCGGCAGCCAUGUUCAGGCUCCUGACAGGACAGGAGACACCCAUGUACAUAUGAGGCGACCCCAGGUUGCUGUCAGCUGUGAUCGGUAUCUUCACCCGAGCUGACCACAGACUGGGGGGAAGAUUGCUUCCCCUUCUUUCAUUUUCCUCCUCUUUAUUUUUCUUUCUCUGAGCGGACGACUUCAGCGCUUCAUCUCUCCCUCGUCUGUGCUUAACAUACAAUGACCGUUCUAUUGACAUGAGAUGUGUUUCCCAUCUGACCAGCUGACGAGAUCAAGUGUGUGAGCGUGGAAACUGUUAUUUAUUUGUCCCGUCUGUGCUUCUCCGUGAGUGACGAUCGUGUGGAUGGACUUACUGAGUGAAUGCAUCACAAUUUAUUUUUUAUAUUCGCAUAAUGCAAUAUGAUACUUCUACUAUACUUCUUGUAUAGUUUCAUUUCCUUUAUUUAUUUCUCAUGUAAAUACAUAUUUUGCUAAUAUUGUGACGGGAGGCAGCGGGGUGGGACAGGCCACGGCUGCAUUGUAAAUACUUAUUGAAUCUUGCUGUUGAAUUGAAAGCAGACUGGGACGAAGGCAAAGGCACAAUGACAUGUGAAUUUCAAAGGGAGUUACUUUAAAGUUUCAAAUGUCAGGUUUAAAUGUGGUAAGUCGAUAUAAUGCACAUAUGAAUCAAACCAAUGCUUGCAGCAGGGGUUCAUGGGAGAAACGCCAUAGCCUUUGAUUUACUUCAUUUUACGGCAAUACUCGAGUUCCGCCUCUGAAUGGGAAAAUAUGCCUUUUAUAAAUUUGAUGUACAAACACUCACACAUUUAAAUGACAGCAAAUGGAUUAAACGAACGUGCAUCGGUUUUGCUUUGAUUAUCAGUCACAUGUGUGAAGUUACUUUCGUGUGCUACUCGGCUGUAUGUUCAUUAGUGUCUCUGACUGAAGCUCGUGCAUACAACGAGCGGAUUGUGAAUGUACCGUGUUGUGUGAGCCGUCCCAUUGCCAUAAGCAGUAUUAGAAUGUCUGUACAGAGAAACGUGUCUAGUGUUGUCCUCAUGUUAAAAAAAAAAACAAAAAAAAAAACUAAAGCAUAACACGGGUUCGGUCACGGCAAACAUCGUCUCACCUGUACGUUGGCUUUCAGCCCCGAGAGGGACAGAGAGAGAACUGUGAAUCACACACUGUGACAUACGAAGCCUUACCACAGAGUAAUGCUUUUACAAUGCAUCAUAGUCCAAUUUAACCAUGUGAACAUUAUCUGUGUGCAUGCCUUGUAAAGUAGUAUCAUGUCAUUGUGGCAAGAUAAUAAAAUGUGAGCUGCAGUAAA